AUGACGUUACGCGCGCGAAGCUCUCCCAUUGGCUGGCGCCAUGUCGGGGGCACGGGUGGGGCCAGCGGAGCCCCCCGGGGGGACACCGGGGAUACGGAGGGGACAUCGGGGACACGGAAGGGACACCGGGGAUACGGAGGGGACACCGGGGAUACGGAGGGGACAAUGGGUGUCCUCGUGGCCGCGCUGGCCUGGGCGGUUUUUGUCGCUGUCGCCGUCGGUGACCCCGCCCCGUCCCCUCUCCCCCCUCUCCUCUCCGAGGUCCUCACCUGCCAGCCCGACCCUCCCUCCGCCUCCCUCGCCAUCUCCCUGGACGGCCUCGGCCUCUUCUGGUUCGAUUUCCCCGGAUCCCGCUGGAAUUCCGGGAUUCCCUCGCUGCCUCCCUGGCCCCGGGAGCUGGAAACGCCCCAGGAAAUCCUCCCGGAAUUCCAGCUCUGCCGGGAAAUCCUGGGAAUUCUCAGCCGGGAGCUGCGGGGGCGCCUGCCCGAGGCCAGGGGAAUCCCGAUGCUGUCGGUAUUCCCGGCGCUGCCUCCCGUGGCCGGCGAGCCCAACUCGCUGCUGUGUUUGGUUGAGAACAUUUUCCCUCCCUCGCUGGACAUCGGCUGGAGCUCGGCGGGGACCGGGGGGAUUCCCGGGGGGAUUCCCGGGGGGAUUCCCGGGGGGAUUCCCGGGGUCAAUCCCGGGGUUUUUGGGGUCAAUCCCGGGGUUUUUGGGGUCAAUCCCGGGGGGAUUCCCGAGGUUAAUCCCGGGGUUUUUGGGGUCAAUCCCGGGGGGAUUCCCGAGGUCAAUCCCGGGGUUUUUGGGGUCAAUCCCGGGGGGAUUCCCGGGGUCAAUCCCGGGGUUUUUGGGGUCAAUCCCGGGGGGAUUCCCGGGGUCAAUCCCGGGGUUUUUGGGGUCAAUCCCGGGGGGAUUCCCGGGGUCAAUCCCGGGGUUUUUGGGGUCAAUCCCGGGGGGAUUCCCGGGGUCAAUCCCGGGGUUUCUGGGGUCAAUCCCGGGGUUUUUGGGGUCAAUCCCGGGGUUUCUGGGGUCAAUCCCGGGGUUUCUGGGGUCAAUCCCGGGGUUUUUGGGGUCAAUCCCGGGGUUUUUGGGGUCAAUCCCGGGGUUUCUGGGGUCAAUCCCGGGGUUUUUGGGGUCAAUCCCGGGGUUUCUGGGGUCAAUCCCGGGGUUUUUGGGGUCAAUCCCGGGGUUUCUGGGGUCAAUCCCGGGGUUUUUGGGGUCAAUCCCGGGGUUUCUGGGGUCAAUCCCGGGGUUUUUGGGGUCAAUCCCGGGGUUUCUGGGGUCAAUCCCGGGGUUUCUGGGGUCAAUCCCGGGGUUUCUGGGGUCAAUCCCGGGGUUUUUGGGGUCAAUCCCGGGGUUUCUGGGGUCAAUCCCGGGGUUUCUGGGGUCAAUCCCGGGGUUUUUGGGGUCAAUCCCGGGGUUUUUGGGGUCAAUCCCGGGGUUUCUGGGGUCAAUCCCGGGGUUUUUGGGGUCAAUCCCGGGGUUUCUGGGGUCAAUCCCGGGGUUUUUGGGGUCAAUCCCGGGGUUUCUGGGGUCACUCCCGGAGACAUUCCCGGGGUCACCACCGGACCCUUCAUUCCCGGUACCGAUCUCGGCUUCUCCCGCCUGGCCCGGGCUCCGCUGCUGCCGCGGCCCGGGGAGGUUCUGGCCUGCGUGGUCACCGAGCACGAGGGGAACGGAAGCGUCGUGGAGUAUUGGGUGGCUCCGGACACGUCUCUGGACGAGCAGCUGGACACGGCUCUGGCCGGAGCCGCUCUGGCCCUGGGCCUGGUCCUGGCCCUGCUCGGGCUCGGCCUGGCCCUGCUGGCCCCGAGGGGCCGGCCCGGACCCGGGAUAAUCCCGACCUGGGCCUGAGCCCGGUUCUGGUCCUGGUUCCGGUCCUGGCCCUGCUCGGGCUCGGCCUGGCCCUGCUGGCCCCGAGGGGCCGGCCCGGACCCGGGAUAAUCCCGACCUGGGCCUGAGCCCGGUUCCGAGCCCG